GAAAUACUCUACUUCAAAUACAAUAUUCUCCUGAUUCACCCCUGCAAUUAGAGAAAGGAAAUCCUUAAACGAAGGAAAAAUACCUGUCAAGCACGUCAGUGCUUUCAUGCUCUAAAGUUGAUAAAGAGAGACUGCCUUCCACCACUGCAUAUCCCAAGAUGUGCAUCUACAGCCUCUGUGCCUCGCAUCACUACACAUUAUACAAUUCAUCCUCGGGACAAAGACAAACGAUGGGAAGGGGUAAACAUGGAAAGAUUUGCAGAGGAAGCUGAUGUUGUGAUCGUUGGAGCAGGCCCUGCAGGUCUUUCUGCAGCUAUUCGACUCAAACAGUUAGCUGCUGAGCAUAGCAAAGAAAUACGUGUUUGCCUGGUGGAAAAGGCAUCUCAGAUUGGUGCACAUACACUGUCUGGUGCUUGCCUUGAGCCAAGGGCCUUAGAAGAACUCUUUCCAGACUGGAAGGAGCGGGGGGCUCCUCUUAAUACUCCUGUAACUGAAGACAAGUUUGGAAUUUUAACGAAGAAAUCUAGAAUUCCAGUGCCAAUUCUUCCAGGACUUCCUAUGGUUAAUCAUGGAAAUUACAUAGUACGUCUGGGCCACUUUGUGAGUUGGCUUGGUGAACAAGCAGAAGCUUUGGGUGUUGAGGUGUAUCCAGGCUAUGCAGCAGCUGAGGUUCUUUUUCAUGAAGAUGGUAGUGUGAAAGGGAUAGCAACUAAUGAUGUAGGCAUUCAGAAGGAUGGAGCACCUAAAGCUACCUUUGAAAGAGGCUUGGAACUCCAUGCUAAAGUCACAGUCUUCGCUGAAGGUUGUCAUGGACAUCUAGCCAAACAGCUGUACAAAAAAUACAAUCUAAGGGAGAAAUGUCAACCCCAGAGCUAUGGCAUUGGACUGAAAGAGUUAUGGACUAUUGAUGAAAAGAAAUGGAAACCGGGAAGAGUAGAACAUACUGUAGGCUGGCCUUUAGACCGACAUACAUAUGGAGGAUCCUUUCUUUAUCACUUAAAUGAGGGUGAACCUUUAGUUGCUCUUGGAUUUGUGGUUGGUUUAGAUUAUCAAAAUCCCUAUUUGAAUCCAUUUAGGGAGUUUCAGAGGUGGAAGCACCAUCCUAGCGUACAGCCUACUUUGGAGGGUGGAACAAGGAUUGCCUAUGGUGCCAGAGCGUUAAAUGAAGGUGGUUUCCAGUCAAUACCCAAACUCACGUUCCCAGGAGGAUUAUUAAUUGGUUGCAGUCCUGGACUCAUGAAUGUUCCUAAGAUCAAAGGGACACAUACUGCGAUGAAAAGUGGCAUGUUGGCCUCAGAGGCCAUCUUUAGCCAAUUAAUCAAUGAAAAUCUUCAAUCAAAGACCAUAGGACUUGAUGUGCAAGAAUAUGAAGAGAACCUGAAAAAGUCCUGGGUCUGGAAAGAGCUGUAUGCGGUUAGAAACAUCCGACCGUCCUGCCACAGCAUACUUGGUGUGUACGGAGGAAUGAUUUACACGGGUAUAUUUUAUUGGCUACUGAGAGGAAUGGAACCAUGGACAUUAAAACAUCCAGGACCAGAUUUUGCUCAGCUCAAGCCAGCCAAAGAUUGCACGCCUAUUGAAUACCCAAAGCCUGAUGGAAAAAUCAGUUUUGAUCUCCUGUCUUCUGUGGCUUUAAGUGGUACAAACCAUGAACACGACCAGCCCGCUCAUUUAACUCUCAAAGAUGACAGCAUCCCAGUGAGCAGGAAUCUGGCUGUAUUUGAUGGACCAGAACAAAGAUUUUGUCCAGCAGGAGUUUAUGAAUAUAUUCCUCUGGAAACAGGAGAAGGAUCAAGACUGCAGAUAAAUGCUCAGAACUGUGUCCACUGCAAAACAUGUGAUAUUAAAGACCCAAGUCAGAACAUUAACUGGGUAGUGCCUGAAGGUGGAGGAGGACCAGCUUAUAAUGGGAUGUGAACUGAUGGGAAAUCUAUUCAGGGACUUUAUGAUCACCAACAACUAAGUUGGAGUAUUUUAUGCUGCAGUGUAAUUACAGCACUGACAUGAAUGUUAAAGUUUGAGACUAAUGUGCCAUUCUCAAUUUUAGGUAUGACUGUUGCAUUAAAUGGGAAGUCGGUGCCUUCUGGUUAAGCCAUAGCCUUAUUUAAAUAGGACUUCUUUACAGGAGAUAUGUGGCAGGCAUAAGAAAGUUCUUCUCAGGACUGACAAAGGAACUUUGGAUCUUGGAUUUAUUGCUGAAGUUCAGUGAUAACAGGAGCCAUAUCCAGAAUCAUGGGUAUGGUGGAAGAAUUUAGCACCCUUAAAAACAAAAAAAAAAGUAUUUUCCCUCUCUAUCUGGAGUGAUUUAUACAUGUAAUAAUCCUACCUUGCUGUAGGGAAAAUAUAUCAGUCUAGAAAACUGUCACUACUUCUAAGUAUUACAUAUUUUACACUCAAUCUACAGUUAGAUUUUUUUUUUUUUUCCUGUGGUAAUAGGGAGCCCAUCUGCAAUACAACCUAUAAAGAGUUUUAAAAAAGAAAAAGUGUAAUACUUGCCCCUUCAGUGUAUGUCGACCAGUAUUUCUAUUCCUUACAAGAAAUCAGGCCUGCUUUAAUAAAAACUCUAAUAGAAACUG